AUGGGAGGAAAGAAGGCGGUGAGUUUGGUGUUGGUGAGCAUAGUAGUGGCAUGGACGGUGGCAAGGGGUGUGGAAGGAAAUACAUGGUGUGUGGCAAGCAGUAGUGCUUCCUAUGGGGCACUCAAAUCAGGGCUGGACUUUGCAUGUUCACAUGGAGCUGACUGUGGGCCCAUCAGGCCCGGUGGGUCAUGCUUCAACCCAAACACCAUCCAAAAUCAUGCUUCCUAUGCUUUCGAUAGUUACUAUCAGAGAAAAGGCAAAGCCCCCGGCUCCUGUUCUUUUGGUGGCGCUGCCACCAUCGCCGUUUUGGAUCCUGUAGGUACCCUUCUUCUCUCUGAGAAGAACUUAUGCGGAUAUCAUACCAAAAGUGAGUAA